CACACAUUGUGUGCUGUCAGCACCCUUUGCCUGAUUCAGCACACCAGAUUUAAACUGGCCACCUCUUCUAGCACACACACACACACGCACGCACACGCACACGCGAGACAAUACUGGGAUUUGCAGCUCUGCGGAGAGGAAAGGAGCCGAGGAGUUAAACGAUGGCCAAAUUAAAAUGUCACGCCGAGCGCGUCCACGCGGGACGCGCGCAGGUGCCGCGGUGCAAUUAGAGAGGCGAACACGUUAUCCGCUCCUCCGCGCGCGUUUACCUCCACGAGAUGUCCUUCACGAACGGGAUAGAUGCGCAGGACUGAUCGUUGCCAUGGAUACCAGCACGCGAAAAUUCACAGUGCGGAGAUGGUUCUCCAUCUACCUGAAGAACAAGGCCGCCAGGAACAAGAACACGACGGGAUUCUGCCAGCUUGAGGAUGAAAGCAUACUGAAGGAGAUUGACAUCAGCAACCAUGUCAAGGCGGGUUUUGAGAAAGCAGACCCUUCUCAGUUCCAGCUGCUUAAGGUGCUCGGACAGGGAUCCUACGGAAAGGUGUUUCUGGUGAGAAAGAUCAGAGGAGUGGACAGAGGACAACUGUAUGCAAUGAAAGUCCUGAAGAAAGCAACCCUCAAAGUCAGGGAUCGUGUGCGAUCCAAGAUGGAGAGAGACAUUUUGGCAGAGGUCAACCACCCUUUCAUAGUCAAACUACACUAUGCCUUCCAGACAGAAGGGAAGCUCUAUCUAAUCCUAGACUUCCUCCGAGGGGGAGACCUCUUCACUCGUCUGUCAAAAGAGGUAAUGUUCACAGAAGAAGACGUCAAAUUUUAUCUUGCAGAGUUGGCACUGGCCUUGGACCAUUUGCAUAGUUUGGGAAUCAUCUACAGGGACCUCAAACCUGAAAAUAUUCUUUUAGAUGAAGAAGGACAUAUUAAGAUCACUGACUUUGGUUUAAGUAAAGAAGCCAUUGACCACGAUAAGAGAGCAUAUUCAUUCUGUGGAACAAUAGAGUACAUGGCUCCAGAGGUGGUCAACAGGAGGGGUCAUACGCAAAGUGCAGACUGGUGGUCUUUCGGAGUGCUGAUGUUUGAGAUGCUGACGGGAUCCUUACCGUUUCAAGGAAAAGAUCGCAAGGAAACAAUGGCUCUUAUUCUAAAGGCCAAAUUGGGAAUGCCACAAUUCCUCAGUCCAGAGGUGCAGAGUCUAUUAAGAGCACUCUUCAAGAGGAACCCUGCUAACCGUCUCGGUGCAGGACCAGAUGGAGUAGAAGAAAUAAAAAGUCACUGCUUCUUUGCAUCGAUCAACUGGAAGAAGCUGUAUAGGAAGGAAAGUAGGCCGCCAUUCAAACCAACAGUUGGAAGACCUGAGGAUACUUUUCACUUCGACCCAGAGUUCACCUCUAGAACACCCACAGACUCUCCUGGCCUCCCACCCAGUGCAAACACACACCAGUUGUUCCGUGGUUUCAGUUUUGUCGCCACAAAUCAAAAUCAGGAUCAUAGCAAGACUGUCCUGCCUUCUCGCCAGGAGGGGAACACCAUAAUCCCCAUAGCCCAGCAUCUCCGUGGCGAUGUGGCCUUCAGUGACGUUUACGACCUAAAGGAGGAAGUUGGACGGCCGGCCAACUCAGUCUACAGGAGAUGUCUUCACAGAGUGACUGCAGUGGAAUGUUCAGUGAAGAUCAUUGACAAAGCAAGGAAAGAUCCAGCUGAAGAAAUUGAGAUCCUGUUAAGAUAUGGACAGCAUCCUAAUAUCAUCACACUAAAGGACGUGUUUGACGACGGCCAUUGUGUGUACCUGGUUCAGGAUUUAUUGAGAGGAGGCGAGCUGCUGGACCGAGUAUUGACAGCGACAAAUUUCAUCGAGAAAGAUGCAUCAGACAUCAUUUGCACACUCGCCAAGACUGUGGAAUAUUUACACUCCCAGGGGGUUGUGCAUCGGGACCUGAAACCAAGUAACAUUCGCUAUUCUGAUGACAGAGGACUCUCUGAAUCCCUCAGGAUAUAUGAUUUUGGUUUUGCCAAACAGCUGAGGGCGGAAAAUGGCUUACUGAUGACUCCAUGUUACACAGCAACAUUCAUGGCACCACAGGUUCUAAAGAAGCAAGGUUAUGACGCUGCAUGUGACAUCUGGAGCCUGGGGAUCCUGCUUUACACCAUGAUAGCUGGUUUUAGUCCAUUUGCCAGCAGUGCUGAUGACUCGGCAGAGGAAAUCUUGGCUCAAAUAGGCUGCGGGAAAUUCAUCAUCAGUGGCGGUAACUGGGAUCUGGUGUCUGACGCUGCCAAGGACAUAGUGACUAAGAUGCUCCAUGUGGACCCUCACCAGCGUCUGACUGCUCCACAGAUCCUUCGCCAUCCCUGGAUUGUAGAGAGAGACCAGCUCUCUGACAAAGUCCUUGCCAGACAUGAUCUGCUCACUGUCAAGGGGUCACUGGCCGCCACCUAUUCUGCUUUAAGGCGCUGUGCUCCAGCACCAGUCCUGGAGCCUGUGCAGUCCUCAGUACUCGCCCAGCGUCGAGAAAUGAAGAAAGUUGGUGGUGUUGUCAUCGAAUCAGACCUAAAAGAAAAGGGGUAGACAAAGCAAACUGACCCUGUUAACAAUUGCAAUGAUUUUUCACACUUGCCUCUGGAAUAAGGGAUCCUGGUUCCUAUUAAUAAUUUCAGUGGCCUUCGUCAGAUCCACUGGUUCACUCACAUGACUCUUUGUUAAGGACACUGUACCAUCUGAGAUUGGAGUGACACUGUCUAAAAACGUCUUCAUUGAACAAUAAUAACACAAUUCUUCAAGGGUUGUGUGCACAUUGAAUUGCAAUACAUCACAACUAGAACUGUCAUAGCUGCAGGGGACAAGAAGGGACAAUACUAGACACGUGAUGCAGGAUCUCAUAAAUAGAAAAGUAUCCGCUGAGUGUAACAACUUCUUCAAAAAUAUUAAAGUCAUGGUUGAAUUGGAAAAAAAUAUAUAAAAAUGCACAUGUUCGAGGUACCUUUGGUAACCAGUUAGAAUUUACAGUUGUGUGACGAUGUUACCAUCAGUCGAAAUCAGUCAUAUAUGGCCCAUUAAUACACAAUACAGUAUGUUCUUCAGCACAAAGUGUUCAUCUGGUAGCAAAAAUAAGUAAAAUAUAUAUAUAGUCAACUUCCAUUUUAUUUACACAAUUAAACACAUUUCUCUUCUAAAGUGUAUGGACCCUACCCACCUUACCACCGAAUUGGUGCCGUUUGCUUGCACGCUAAAAAAUUAUCAGAAUUUCAGAGCAUUUAACAGUAUUACUUCACAGUCCAUCAAAAUUUACUGCAACCUUAUGACAAAUUACUGUAAAAACUAAGUAAUGCAAUAAUGAGUGAGUCAUUUACUGUGAAUUUACAAAAAAAUGUUUUACAGUGUGCAACACUCAAAAUGAACAACUCUAUAUCCGAUAAUAAACAUAUUGACCUCCCCAAAAUGUGUAUCGGCCCAUCUGAGGCAACUUUAUCUCGUUUUUGAACACGGUUCCUAAACUGAAGAUGACUCAUUUGAGCAGUGUGUUUAUAGCAUAGAAUUAUCAAACACAUGAAGUACAGUAGUAUCUCAACCCAUGAGCAUUGGUUCUGUGACAGAGAUAUUGCCUGAAAUCAAUUUAAAUAGUGCUUUUAGCCCCAUUAGUAAAAUGUUAAACAAACAAAGAAGAAAAAGAAACUUCUAGAUAAGAAUUGUCGUAUGAAAAACAGUAAUUUUAUGAAGUAAUGUUAUAAUAAUCAACAGCAUUUACAUUAUAGAGUGGAGUGGAGCUUUUUUUCCAUCAAUAAUCAGCAGCUUUUCAAUAUUUUCAUGGAUACAUGUCUGCCGUUCAGAAAUUAUUCAAACCCCCUUGAAUGCUCAAACGUCACCAUGUUGUUAAUGAUUUUUUUCUUUAAUACAUCCACUUUUUCCCAGCACCGUCCUUGCAAUGUUUAGAAAAACAAAGCCAUGUCCUUUUCUAGCUAUAAGUUAAUAUUGGCAAGUAAGACCAGAUGUUUGGGGGUGGCUAUUACGAGGUUCAGUGUGACAUUUGUUCGAUGGCGGAGAUGCUUGGAACUCAAAUUGUUGCUUGCAACUUAAAGCAGCCGAGAGACGGCUCUUAUCUCCAAACACUCUCAAGUUGAGGUACCACUGUAAAGCCACAUGGUAUUUACUGGAUAGAAUGUUGCCAUUAAGCACAUUAUAGUCACUUAACCCCGAAAAUAUAUUUCAAAUAACAUCACCAAAAAUCAUUUAGGCGCCAGGACUGUGCAUUUAUUGUAUAUUUAUACAUUUUAUUUCCUGCAUAGGGACACAAAUGGCAAUUGAUUCAGUGGAAUAGCCCUUAUCUGUACAACAGUGUCAAUCACAAUGUGUUUCAUCUCAUCGGUCUUUUGAAUUGUAGCAAGACUUGCAUGUUGUAAAUGUAAAAAAAUGUCAACUUUGUCUAACAUGCUAAAUCAUCUGAUAGUGUGUAUUUGUGGUUGUCUUCCAUGCAGUAAGGCUCUUACAAAGGUAUCAGUCACCCAUAUUAGACGAGUUAGCAGUGCAGUUAUUUACAUUGAAGCAUGUUGCUUCAUACUGUGACAUGUAAAAAAUGUUAUGUGGCUUACAAGUAGGGUACACAGCAUGGCUCUUUGUGUGCAAACCACAUCAAAUCUUGUGUGUGUAGUCAAGUCGCCUACUGUAGCUUCCAUCUAUGCUUCUGUUUGCUUGUAGCUUUUGAAAGCCAAAACGUUUGACAAGUACUGUGUCUGACAUGUGUAUGCUGUAUGUUAACUAUAUUUUCCUGCAGAACUGAUUGUGAACAAUACGUUAAUGCAAUCAUAUAUAAUACGAGGUAAGACCUAAGUAGCACCUUAUUGCUGUGCAAUGUAUCAGUAGAACAACAAUCAUGUUUAGUCAACAGUAGUGACAGAGCAAAACUGUACACAAACAAUAUUUACAUCAGACACUUGUUUAUACAAAUCAAACUUAAUGUUGCCAUCACAAAGUGACCAGCCUGGAUGAGUCAAUUUGCACUGCACAUUUCCUGUUACGUCGGUGAAACUCAUGCUUGAGUCAAAGCUGUGAAUAUUUAUUAAUUUAGUGUACAUAAUAUGGCGCCAAAUCACCUGUACGAGGUUAGAUUGUGAAUUAUGUACAGCUACGCGAAAGCAUUCACUGUAAAUAUUGUGCGUGCAGACUGUACAUAUGAUGGGACACUGAGUUGUGCAUCAAUUUAUGGAUGUAUAUACUGUCUAUACCUGGCUAAUCAUUGACAUGGUUGGUUCAUAUGCCAAAGUUUUACAGAUAAAGGACAACAUUGGAAACAGAGUUAUUUUACAGUAUGUGUUUUUUCCUGUUUGUGAGAGUUUACAAUAUAUGUAAUAGAAAUGAUGCAGAAACAUGUAAAAAAACAUGUUGAACUCUCACGCAAUGAAGGUCUUUUACUUCCUGCAAAACAUUCUAACGGUAAAUUGCUCCAUUGAAAUAAUAAUUACAGCUGUCAUAAAUCAUUUGUGACUUUG